AUGAAUUCAGGUCUAGUGAAAAUACUGAAGAAGUAUGACAAGAGAACAGGAGCACUUAUCAGGCAGCCCUUCAUCGAAAAGGUGCUGCAGCAGCCAUUCUUUACAACUGAUCUCCUAUACAAACUCGUGAAGGAGUGUGUGGCUAUGCUCGACCACCUCUUCCCCAGCAACAACCUGUCAAUUUCAGCAGAAUGCGACGGACAAAAUGGAGUGCCACAGCCAGCACAAUCAGGUGGGAGGGUUCCGGAGUUGGAGGAGAUUAAAUAUAUGCAGAGCUUAUACAUGAAGAGCACCGUAACAGCGCUGCGGUCCUUGAAACAGAUUAGGAGCACAAGUUCAACAGUCAAAACAGAUUAGAAAAUCUCGUGUUAUAUUGUUCUAC